UCUAGUUCGGUGUAGAACCUAUUUAAGUCAAAAUGGAAGAAAUGGAUGUGGGAAGUGAGGAAAACAACGAUAAAAUGACAUACGAGGAUUCGGUUGACAAAGUGGAUGAUUCCGAAAUGAUUGAGAAUGAAGAUGAAAAAAAUGCAGAGAAUGAAUCUGCUGAUGAUCAGAACGAAGAUGACGACGAAGAGGAUGCCGAUGAGGCCGAAUUGAAAGUCUUAGAAACUUCCCUUGCUCAGAAUCCAUAUGAUUACACGAGUCAUAUAGCCAUUAUCGAUAAAUUGCAAAAAAUGGGGGAACUAGAACGAUUACGUGCUGCCAGAGAAAAUAUGAGUUCCAAGUAUCCUUUGAGCCCUGAACUCUGGUCAUCCUGGAUGCGUGAUGAAAUUAAAUUAGCUACAACACCAGAAGAGAAAGCUGAAGUAGUAAAUUUAUGUGAACGAGCUGUGAAAGAUUACCUUUCUGUAGAAGUAUGGCUAGAAUAUUUACAAUUUAGCAUUGGUAAUAUGGGCACUGAUAAAGGUGCGGCAAAAGAUGUCCGGCAAUUAUUUGAGCGAGCGUUAACUGCUGUUGGAUUGCAUACUAUAAAGGGUGCGAUAAUAUGGGAAGCAUUCAGAGAAUUUGAAGCUGUGUUGUAUGCAUUGAUUGAUCCUUCGAAUCAAGUUGAAAAGAAGGAACAGUUGGAACGAAUUGGGAACUUAUUUAAACGACAAUUAGGAUGUCCUCUUUUGGAUAUGGAGAAUACUUUUGAGGAGUAUGAGGCUUGGCGAAAUGGAGAUGGCACAGAAGCUAAUAUGGAUGAUAAAAUGGUACGUAGAAGGUAUGAAAAAGCUUCUGCAAUGCUGAAUGAGAUUUUGCCUUAUGAAGAAAAAGUAGUUUCUUCACAAGAUGAAAGUGAACUUUUAGAUGCGUACAAAGCAUACUUACGGUACGAAGAGCACAAGGGAGAUCCAGGACGAAUAAUUGUAUUAUAUGAAAGAGCUGUUACUGAUUUGAGUUUAGAAACAUCAGUUUGGCUUGGUUACAUUACAUAUUUAGAAGAAAAGAUAAAGGAUCAAUCUUUCUUGGACCCAUUGUACCGAAAAGCUUCAAGAAAUGUUCCAUGGUGUGCAACUAUUUGGCAGAAAUGGAUGAGAUCAUGUGAAAAAUGGGACAGGCCAAUAAUAGAAGUUCAAACAAUAUUAGAGAACGCUUUAGCGGCUGGAUUUUCUCUCCCGGACGAUUAUCGCAAUUUGUGGAUGACAUAUUUAGAAUAUUUACGACGAAAACUCGAUGAGUAUCCUUCUAAGGAAGAAAAGCAUUUAGACAUAUUGCGUAAUACGUUUAACAGAGCUUGUGAACACUUAGCAAAAUCUUUUGGUUUGGAGGGAGAUCCUAGUUGUAUAAUAUUACAAUACUGGGCAAGAACUGAAGCUGUACAUGCUAAUAACAUGGAAAAAGCUAGAUCGUUAUGGGCUGACAUUUUGUCACAGGGACAUUCUGCAACCGCGUCUUACUGGUUAGAAUAUAUUUCAUUAGAAAGGUGUUAUGGAGAUACAAAACAUUUAAGAAAACUAUACCAAAAAGCUCUGGCAGCUGUAAAAGAUUGGCCAGAAAGCAUAGCCCGUUCAUGGAUAGAUUUUGAGAGGGACGAAGGUAUUCUGGAAGAAAUGGAGCAAUGCGAGGCAAAAACGAAACAAAAAUUAGAGAAAGUAGCCGAAGAAAGACAAAAAGCACAACAAAUAGCGAAUCAUGAAUUGUCGCCAACGCAGAGUAAGAGGACUCAUAAGAGAAAAAUAGAAGAUACUGGGAGAUGGAAAAAUUUAGGAUCCUCUCCUACAAAAAUGAAAAAAGUCGAAACGCAAAUAACACCAAAAAUGAAAGAAAGUCGUUUGAACCUCGAAAAGAAAGUUAAUGGUAGUACUGAAGAACAGAAAUCAAAGGUUGCUCCGCCGCCUGGUUUCAAAGCACCAGAAGAAAAUGAUAAAAUGGAUCUAGACAAUACUGAAGCGGUCGAUGAUAAAAUCACCGUUUUCGUAAGUAAUUUGGACUACACCGCAACGGAGGAAGAGGUUAAAAAUGCUUUAAAACCGGCUGGACCGAUUACCUUAUUCAAAAUGAUACGAGAUUACAAACAGCGUAGCAAAGGGUUUUGCUAUGUGCAACUAAGUAAUACGGAAGCUGUUGAAACAGCUUUGAAAUUAGACAGAACUCCUAUAAGAGGACGACCAAUGUUUGUUUCAAGAUGUGACCCAAACAAAACAACAAGAAUACCGGGAUUUAAGUACAGUUGUACUCUUGAAAAAAAUAAAUUGUUUGUUAAAGGACUGCCUGUAACGACGACAAAAGAAGAACUCGAGGACAUAUUCAAAGUCCAUGGAACAUUGAAAGAAGUCCGCAUAGUUACUUACCGUAAUGGGCAUUCGAAAGGGCUAGCUUACGUUGACUUCGAAGACGCAACUAGUGCUGCAAAGGCUCUCUUGGCUACCGAUGGCAUGAAAAUCGGCGACAAAGAAAUUAGUGUGGCUGUAAGCAAACCACCUGAACGGAAGAAGAUUCAAACAGCCGACGAUGUACCUCCAGUUAAGUCUCUGGGUGGUACAACAGUAAGCAGAACUACGUUUGGCAUGCCUAGAACGUUACUGUCUAUGGUGCCACGUACUGUUAAAACUACUGCUGCUACCAAUGGCAGUGCAAACGUAGCAACAAAUAGUGUUACGCAAAAAAUGAGUAAUCAAGAUUUUAGAAACAUGUUACUGAAUAAAACAUAAGUUACUAUUGUGUAAA